AUGGGAAUUCCCAGAUUGAUCCAAACCCUACAGCCCUUUGCCGAAAGAGCCAUCAUAGGCAACAACAAUCCAGAAACCCAGCUAACCAGCAACGACACCACUUCAAUACACCCUAGAGUGAGGUUGGUAGUCAUAGACGGCCCUUCUCUAGUCUAUCAUGUUUAUCAUCGUCUCCUUUCACUCAAAGCCGGUCAACAAGAAAAAGAAAAUGCAAAACCAGACAACACACCUCGACAUAUUGAACUGUCUACUAGACAUCCACUCCUAUUCCAGCCUAGCUAUUCAGAAAUAAUCCAGUCAGUCCUAGCUUUCAUAAACCAUCUCACUGAUCAACAUGGCAUCGAGGUCCAAAAGAUCUACUUCGAUGGUGCUCUUCCAGCCUCCAAGAGUGACGUUAGGCUAGCAAGGCUGGAAGAUGGCAGAAAGAAGUUACAAGAGUUCAGGCAACUUCAAUCCCAUUUAGGUUCCCAGAGUCGUUUUGUACACCGUCCAAUUGAAACCACUUCUUCCAUUUUCUCAAGCAUCUCCAAAAAUGACACCCAGACUGUGAAGAGGAGUUCAGAUGGGGUCCAGCAGCAGUUGAAUCCGGAAGCCCUCUUCCACUAUGCAAGUCCUUUACCGCCGAGUUUCAAAGCGAUGCCAACACCGCCGUUUAUGGUUGCAGCUGUGAUUGAUCAUCUUCGAUCUCAGCUGGACUUACAACCAGCAACAAGUUUCUCAUCUAACCCACAACCCUUACCGUCGCGCUCAGCCCUCAUACAACUCGUACCAGCCGAGGCAGACGCCUAUUGUGCUGCUUAUGCCAGAAAGAAGGGGGCAGCGAUCUUGACAUCGGACUCUGACCUGCUAGCCUACGACUUGGGCAGGGAGGGCUCCGUAAUCCUCUUAGACUCGAUACGGCUUUCCACGCUGUCUGAAGAAGAAAAUGCUAAGCAGGUAUUGCUCGGCACUAGAUACCAUGGCCCUUCUCUCACCUCAGCCCUUGGCAUAUCCUGUACUCUACAGCGCUUCUGCUUUCGUCGACUCCUCGACCCGACCAUCAGCACGUCCGAGCUCAAAUCACGGUGUCGUAAACCUUUGAAUUCGCGAUUAGGAGCAGGCAUGGAAGAAAAGUGGAGACGAUUCAUACAGCAGUAUUCCACGGAUGACGUUGAUUGUCAGCAGGAGGAAGAAGCAUAUGAUCUUGCAAGGUACAGUCACAAAAUCCCACCGACCCAAUUACAAGGCCUUGAUCCAAGGAUAGCCGAGCUAGUCACACAACUGCAGCAUCCGAGGCCGUGCUCCAGUGUCUCGGGCACAGAAGACAAGGGACCUAAUAAUGAGGAAACGACCGGAGACGAAGACGGAGAAUAUGACGUCCACAUGUACCUCCCUCUCCUUAUUGAAGACACAUCCCGAGACUCCGCCUGGAGUUAUGGAAGUUCUGUACGGCAUCUGGCAUACACAAUCCUUCUAUAUCAUACGCCUAUCCUUCCUCCUUACAUUGCAGCUGCAAAGCGACGACGUGCAAGAAGAAUCAAAGAGUAUCAACGGCGAGGCUCCAGAAUCGUAGGUCUACCCCUCGAUCCAGACUUAAACGCUGCUUCCAACGAAAUAGAGCCUCAGGUCGAAAAACUACUCCAAUCCAUCCGCUCGCAUGAACAACAUUUCGCCUCCCAAUCCGAAACCACCAUUGAAACCACGCUUAUAGCUUCGCCGUCUCGUUUCUGGAAAUCCUUUGCCCUCCACCUCGUAUCCGAGCAACGCCUUCUCAGCGCCAAACCACCACCCAACAACAACUGGGCAGAGAGUUAUCUCACACCUCAGCAUAUGCCCUAUCUCCCUUCCUCAUGGGACGAUGUGCACAACCAAGCAAGCGUGGAGGCGGUACUCUACAACCUCAGAAUUCUGAAGCAGAUUGCGAGUUUUGCUAUCAGGUAUGACAGUUCGAGAACCAACGAAGACGAAAGCAGGGAUAAAAAUGGAGUGACGGAGCGGGUGAGAGCGCUGAUCGAUGUCUUGGCAAGUCUGCCGCCAAUCGAGCAGCUCAUGGACCCCGAGCAGGUGGCCAUGGCCCCGCCGAAGCCAGAGGGGCAGGCGAGAGCAACACACCAGCGACCAAGACAUGAUGGACGCAAGGAUGCAGCCGCAAGGGAAUGGCACAGCCAACCACGCGCAGUCCCCAUGCAGAGUUUUAAGUGA